AUGGAUGAUUUUGAAGACUUUGAAAUAACAAAUGAUGAUUUGACGCAGAUUGAAAAUAUAGAAAUUUCCUUGCUCAAUAGUAGCUUUCAGCUAAGUUCAGAGUCUGAGGAAGAGUAUGACUUACAACCACCUUUACGAAAGCGACGUCGACGAGUUCUGUCCAUUAGUGACACGAGUGACAUUGAACUUGAAAAUGCCGUGCCAAGUACUUCUGGUCACACCGCGUCGCUUCCUGUAUCAUCUACCGUGUGGCACCAACCAAAAGGUAAUCAGCGUCGGAUUAUCCCCUACACUGAAUUCCCAGGAUUAGAUUCACGAGUAGUAAGAGAAAUGAUCGAUAAGACCCCGGCAGAUUUCUAUCAUUUUUUAGUACCAGACGAAGUAUUUGAAAUGGUGGCCGAUUGUACGAAUAGCUUUGCUAUAAAAAAAAUCACAGGAUCGGACGCAGCAUCUAAAGCUGCGCGGAUUCGCCAAUGGAAACCUACAUCCACAGCAGAGAUAAAACGAUUUUUCGGAUUGAUUAUUUUCAUGGGGGUCGUAAAAUUACCCAAAAUAUCCUACUACUGGUCAAAAGAUGCUGUACUUGGACAGAAUUUUCCUCGAACAAUAAUGAGUCGAAACCGAUUUGAGUUGCUGUUGCAAAUGCUGCACUUUUCUCAACAAGAUGAAGACAAUAAAUCUAAUAGAAUACACAAGAUUCAGAAAUUGCUCGAAGUUAUGAACAGGAACUUCCAAAAAAAGUACACCCCUUCCGAAGAGAUCUGCAUAGAUGAAAGCGUGGUGCCUUUUCGCGGACGAAUAAUUUUUCGUCAAUACAAUAAACAAAAAAGGCAUAAAUAUGGUAUAAAGGAGUUUAAGUUAUGUACCAUUCCUGGUUAUACAUAUAAAAUAAAUGUAUACGCAGGAAAGAAUAACGAUGAAGUCAAUACUACACCGUUGAACGUCGUUAUGUCUUUAUGCAGCGAUCUUCUAUACAAGGGACAUACGCUAGUGACCGACAACUGGUACACCAGUAUAGAUCUUGCCAAAAAACUUCUGGAUGCAGAGACUCAUCUCGUAGGCACGAUUCGGAAGAACCGGAAGCAUCUGCCAAAGGAUGUAGUAAAUGCUAAACUGAAGCGAGGACAAUUCGUGGCGAAGGAAAGCGAAGAGGGCAUAACUGUAAUGAAGUGGAAGGAUAAAAGAGACGUCCUUUUGCUGUCCACAAAACACUCAGUGCGAUUCCAAAAUGUCCGAAAACGUAACAAAGUUACUUCUAAACCAAAAAUAGUCAUUGAUUAUAACGUUGCUAAAGGAGCUGUAGAUAUGCUCGAUCUGCUGGCUGCUUACUCAACUCCACUGAGGAAAUCGAUAAAAUGGUACAAGAAAUAUGCAAUCAACCUUCUCCUAAACACAGCAGUGGUCAAUGCACUGGUCUUGUACCAAAGCGUUACUGGCAAGAAAAUACAAAUGGCAGACUUCCGGCUGGAAUUACUGAAGUCAUUUUGCAGCCAACAAGAUGUUCCAGUUGGAAGACCUAGAAGAAUGAUACACAAACUGCAACAAAAAGAAGGGCAAGCCAGAACAAGCAGGCGGGCAUGUGUGAACUGUUACAAAAUUAACGCAGCUACUUACGGCAGAAAGUUGGCUAAAAACAAGACUAAAAAGAAUAGGAAUAACAUACUGGCAAAUGCACUGUUAAACAUGAGUGUUGAACACAAGGUGAGUAUAACGCAAAAGUAUUUAGAGCCUGGUCACACACAAAUGGAGUGUGACUCGGAGCAUGCUGCAAUCGAAAGGAAGUUGAAGAACAGAGAAAUCCUCAAACCCAGCGACUUCAUAACUGUGACUAAAGAGGCACGAAAGAAACCUACUCCCUAUGAAGCCAUUCAUAUUUGUACUAUAAUAUUAAGGUGA